CCGAAUGGAAAUAGCCUGAAGCUUACUGAAAGUAACUAGGUUUUGACAUUUCUUGGUCAACACAAAGUGAUUUUGUUUAAAAGAAACCCCAUACAGUCCGCUUAAUGCCAACUCUGUUUAUUAUUCUGACUUCUUCAUACCCCAUUAGUCCCUGGUAAUGGGUUACAGCAGAAUUUCAGCGAUGGAGUGAUUGGAUAUUGCACACCAUGGCGUCUUGUGAUGGGGAAGCUAUUUCCGAUAUUCUCAGAUUGAAUGUGGGAGGUUGUUUGUACACAGCCAGACGAAAUUCCCUCUGUCGUUUUAAAGACUCAAUGCUUAGUGCAAUGUUUAGUGGACGAUUUCCUUUGAAACUAGAUGAAUCAGGAGCUUGUCUGAUUGAACGGGAUGGCAAACUUUUCAAGUAUCUCUUGGACUACCUGCACGGUGAACUCUGCAUCCCUGAGGAAACGAGAACUCGUGUAGCAUUACAAGAAGAGGCAGAUUACUUUGGCAUUCCCUAUCCCUACAGUUUGACUGACUACUUGUCAAGUGAGAUGGAGAGACAUUGCUCGAGAUCUAAUUCUGAAAUUAAAAAGACAUUGACAGACAUCUGUGCCUCCUAUGGUUUAAUCUGCACAAGACCUAUGGUGUGGAUUCUGCACUAUCUCAACACUUGUGGUGCUAGUUGUGAGAGCAAGAUCCUAGGAGUGUUUACAUCAAAGGCAGAAGGGAUUGGAGCCAUUGAAAAGCAGCUGGGAGGCAGGAUGAAAAGUAGAAGUAUUUACAAAAGGGAAGCUGGAAAUAAUCUACAAUACAUAUGGAGCUAUUACUCAGCUGGUGAGCUGAAGAAAAUGAUGGAUGCCUUUGACUCCUGGGAGGGAAGAGGUGUGAGUUAUUGGCGAGUGCCGCAGGAGUUGAUAGAAUGUUGGACUCUUGAAGGUCGACCUGUACAAGGCACACAAGAAACAGUGACACCAAUUCAGAAGCGACUCAUUGAUCUCAAUGAAGCAGAAACUGAAACUCCUAAAAAGAAUCUGAAACCUGUAGAGUUCUCUGGCCCAUCAACAAGCACCCGCAUUAAAGUGAAGAAUUCUGGUUUGGUCAAACUGUCAGUACCAGGUGAUACUACAAAGACAUUGCCAAAUGCUUUGGUUCAUCUCAAAUCUCCAGCAGUAAAAAGACUAAACACUGGGGAGUUUGUAAACCACAGAACACUCGCUUCCAGUGACACAGGCUCUACUUCAGGAUCUGCUAUCCAAAUGUCCCCAGCCGUUGGAUCCCAGAAUGCUGCAGCUGUCAAAUUGCCAGAAAAGAAGGUAAUAGUGAAUCGAGUGAUCAAACUGAAAAGGAAUCCACCUCCUGCAGCACUUGUAAUGCCAGUAGAUCCUACCAAGCGUGAAAGAGACGUACAUACAAUUACUUCAGAUGUACAACCAAGUACGUCAGCAAACACCUUCACUUCCAGGACUGUGAAUUUAAUGGCAGAUUCUCCAGAGAACACAUAUGGAAAUAGUGAAAAGGAGGAUGACAAUGGUUAAACAGCCAGAAUUUUGGAGAGAAGGAAAUGGGACUAUUGAAGUGGUGUGGUAGUACUGAACAUUUGAAUUGUUGAUGCAAGAAUAUUAACCUUAGAUCAGGAUUUCAAUAGAGUUGCUUAGGUAAAAAUAUGAAACUUGUUCUUUCACAGGUAGUUCAAUGGGAUUUUUCAUUGACCGAGGAGGUCCCAGUUUUGAUCUCUACCUGUGUUUGGUUGACCUUCUGUUUGGGUAGUGGUAUCUGUGCUACAUUUGAAAAUGAUGUCUUUGGACUACGGAAAGGGGGCGGCACGGUGGUUUAGUGGUUAGCACUGCUACCUCACAGCGCAAGGCAUCUGGAUUCAAUUCCAGCCUCAG